UUUGGGGCAGAAUUUGGGUUCGGAGCAGGAUUUGGGGCGGGAUUUGUGCUCCGGAGCCGCGCCCCAAAUCCCCGGGUCCUGCUGGGAUCUCGGGGGGCUCCUUGCCCCGCUCGAGGGGUCCCCGCCCCGCUGUCCCCGCUGUCCCGACAGCCCUGGCAAUGUCACCCCCAGAGGCUGCGACAAUUUUGGGGACCGCCACGUCACCCCCAGGAGCAGGAGCCGCCUGCGGGCGGUGGCAGCGCGGCUCCGCUCCUGCUCUUCCUCCCCCUCCUCCUCCUCCUCCGUCCCCCCCGAGCCCCUCCCGAUGUCCCCGAGACCCCCCGGGGUCGCUGUCACCUCCCCCCCGCGCCGCUGUGUCACCCCAGGGGACAGGGACGCGACCGGCGGCUCUUGGGGUGACACCCAGACAGUCCCCGGGGUGUCCCCAGGGGGUGGCAGCGCCCCCAAAUCCGUGCGCGGUGUCCUGCGGGGACUUGGGGACAAGGGACACCCCCAGAACUGCCCAGGGUCCGGUCCCAGGGGAUUUGGGGACAAGGGACACCCCCAGAACUGCUCAGGGUGUCCCCGGGGAUUUGGGGACAAGGGACACCCCCAGAACUGCUCAGGGUGUCCCCGGGGAUUUGGGGACAAGGGACACCCCCAGAACUCUCUGCCACCCGCCCGGGGCUCCCCCAAAUCCAGCCGCGGGCUCCCGGGGAAGCGGCGACACCCCCAGAAGUCCCCGCCGGUCACUCGGGGUCCCCCCAGUGCCACCAGCAGCCCCAGGACCGCGGGUGGCACUGGGUGGCGGCGCCACUCGCCCUUGGGGACACCCUCGGUGCCGGUGUCACCCGGCAAGGACUUGGGGACACCCUCGGUGCCGGUGUCACCCGGCUGUGCCACCCCGCACUCCCAGGACGUGACACGGGAGCCCCGCGAGUGUCGCAGCCCCGGGGGUGGCACCGGUGGCCGCGCGUCGCAGCCGGAGCUUGGGGACAAUCCCGGCGCUGUCACCGCGCUCGAGGGACAGCGGGGGUGGCCCGAGGGGCACAGCCCCGAGCUGGCGGCCGCGCUCAGGACCGGCCGCGUCCCCGACUGCGCCCGGGAGGAGCUGGCGCUGAGUCAGCACUUCGGCGGCGAGCGGCUCAAGAUCAGCUUCAACUACCUGCUGCUGGACCCCAGGGUGACCCGGGACCUGCCCCGCCGCAGCCCGGGGCUCAGCCCCGCCCAGCAGUUCCGGGACUUUGUCACCGCCGUGUUCUACGUGGGCAAAGGGACACGAGCCAGGCCCUGGUGGCACCUGCGGCAGGCGCGGGCACAGCACGGCCGGGGGACACGCAGGGGCUGCCCCAAGGUGCGGCGCAUCCUGGAGAUCUGGGACUCGGGGCAGGGCGUGGUGCCCCUGCUCUGCUUCCCGCACCGCGCGCCCGCCGAGGCCCUGACCCGCGAGAGCUGCAUGCUGGAGGCGCUGGGGCUGCCCUCUCUGACCAAUGCCCGCCGUGGGCAGUGCCACGGUCCGGCCGCGUCCUGGCCGGGGGAGCGGCGCCGGCGCCUGGGGGUGACCCUGCUGCACCGAGCCCUGGGCGUGCUGCUGGCACAGGGGGAGUGCCAGCUGGGCCCUGGGGACAUCCCUGGGUGACACAGUGACACCAGUGACACCAGUGACCCUGCUGCACCGAGCCCUGGGCGUGCUGCUGGCACAGGGAGAGAGCCAGCUGGGCCCUGGGGACAUC